AUGGCCGGGCAGCGCUUCCCAGUACCCCGGCUCGAGGGCGUUUCGCGGGAGCAGUUCAUGCAGCAUCUCUACCCACAGAGAAAACCUCUCGUGUUGGAAGGGAUUGAUUUGGGGGCAUGUACAAGCAAGUGGACAGUGGAUUACCUAAGCCAAGUUGGAGGAAAGAAAGAAGUAAAGAUUCAUGUUGCUGCAGUUGCACAGAUGGACUUCAUUAAACUUUUACUUCUUUCUUCUUGGUAG